CCUGCCUCCACAAUACUUAUGAGUGAUUGAUCAUCUCUCUCUCUUUGCAUUUGAAUUGAUUUUGCAAAUCUCAUAAAAGGGGAUUCAGUUAUAAAAAAAUUAAAAAAAAGGAAUCGUUGAGUUUAAUUUGCUCAAUGGUGGUGGUGAUGGAGAGUUGCGGAAGUAGAGUCUUACCGAUGAUGUCGCAGGCGGGCAUGGAGCGGCGGGAGCGGAUGAAAGUGGAGGUGUUCGAAGAGGUCAUCCUUCGUCUCCGUCAAUCUGAUAAUAUUGACACGGAUCUCCCCGGUUUCGUCGACGACCUCUGGGCUCACUUCAAUCGCCUCCCGGCCAGGUAUGCAUUGGAUGUGAAUGUAGAGAGGGCUGAAGACGUUGUCAUGCACCAGAGAUUGCUUCUUUCGGCUCUUGAUCCGCAUAACAGGAGGCCUGCUAUCCAAGUUCGUCUCGUCCAGGUCCAGGUUCAACAACCUCCAGCUGACUCGGACUCUCUUACCAAUGAAACAACUUCUUCUCCUGCCAGCAUUCAUCCUCCGCCUGCCUUUGGUUCAUCUCCCAAUCUCGAAGCACUUGCCCUUGCACUUGCUGCCCAUGACCACGAUGAGGGCGACAACUCUGUGCGUAACAAUUCUCUCUAUUCCCGUCCCCUGCAUGAGAUCACCUUUUCCACACUAGACAAACCUAAACUCCUUUUGCAGUUAACUGCAUUGCUUGCUGAGCUUGGGCUGAAUAUUCAAGAGGCGCAUGUUUUUUCUACAACCGAUGGCUUCUCACUCGAUGUUUUUGUCGUUGAUGGUUGGUACGAGGAAGUAGACAGACUUAGAAUGGCAUUGGAGACAGAAGCAGCAAAGAUUGAGUUGCAGGACCAAAGCUGGCCUAUGCAGCAAUCCUUCUCUCCUGAAAAGCAAAACGGGACAGCGAAAGAUCAUGUCGUAAUACCCACUGAUGGAACUGAUGUUUGGGAAAUCAACCUUACACAAUUAAAAUUCGGGCAUAAGAUAGCAUCUGGUUCUUACGGAAAUCUGUAUAAAGGUACAUACUUAAGCCAGGAAGUUGCUAUCAAAAUCCUCAAGCCAGAGCGUCUAGAUUCUGAGCUAGAGAAAGAGUUUUCCCAAGAAGUCUUUAUUAUGAGGAAAGUUAGGCACAAAAACGUUGUUCAGUUCAUUGGUGCUUGCACCAAGCCUCCACAUCUCUGUAUUGUUACAGAGUUCAUGCCCGGUGGAAGUGUAUAUGACUAUCUACACAAGCAAAAGGGCGUGUUUAAGCUUCCAGCUUUGUUUAAAGUAGCUAUAGAUAUUUGCAAAGGGAUGAACUACUUACACCAAAAUAACAUAAUUCACAGAGAUUUGAAGGCUGCCAACCUUCUAAUGGACGAAAAUGAGGUUGUUAAGGUUGCAGAUUUUGGGGUGGCUAGAGUAAAAGCACAAACUGGAGUUAUGACAGCUGAAACUGGAACAUAUCGGUGGACUCCGGAGGUGAUAGAACACAAGCCAUAUGAUCACAAGGCAGACGUUUUCAGCUACGGGAUUGUGCUAUGGGAGUUGUUGACUGGCAAGCUUCCUUAUGAAUACAUGACGCCAUUGCAGGCAGCCGUAGGGGUGGUCCAAAAGGGAUUAAGGCCGAAAAUACCGAAGAAGACGCAUCCGAAAAUGAGAGAGCUAAUGGAGAGAUUGUGGGAGAAGGAUCCAAGCCUGAGACCAGACUUCGCAGAGAUCAAAGAGAAGCUAGAAGAGAUAGCCAAGGAAGUAGGAGAAGAGGGGGAGGAGAGGAAAAAAGCAUCAAGAGGAGGAGGGGGUAUCUUUGCAGCACUGAGGAGAAGUGCAACAACACAUCAUUGAAUAACAUACAAACAUGGCUGUGCAUAUGGUAUUAUAAUUGUUAGCUGGUAUUCAAUUGAUUUUGUAAGUUAUUAUAUACACCCCAUACUCAAAACUCUUAAGAAUUUGUUGUUGUUGUACGAGACUGUUAGUAUGUUAAAGAUUGACCC